AUGCGUCAGUACGCGGCGUUCCACAUGCGCUACCGACCUGGCCACUUUAAUCUCAUUCCAAGAGGCGGCCGACUGUACCAACAGUACCUGGUAGACACCCUGCUCAAGGUCGAAGCCGACCGUCUGUCCUAUGUGCGCACCCACCAGGAUGGCCUGAAUGGCUUCCGUGCUGAGACAAUCCGUAGUGUGCGUGACGCGCUCGCUGACGGCGAGGAGCACGCGCGAGCCGUCGGUCGACGCGUGGUACUGCCGGCAUCCGUGACCGGUAGCCCUCGCUACAUGAUGGCCAAGUUGCAGGACGCGCUCUGCUACGUUCGGGAAUUCGGCGCGGCCGACUUCUUCAUCACCGUGACGUGCAACCCGGCCUGGCCAGAGAUUGAGGGAACUCUGCGCACCCUCUACCCGGGGGAGAGGCCGGGUGACCACGAUCGGCCGUGCGACCACCCUGACAUUGUCAGUCAGGUGUUUGGCCUGAAGCUGCAGGCGAGGCGCUGCUCAAGCAGCUGCGAGGCGGCAUCCUGGGUCGGCAGCGGGCCAUUCUGCACACGAUUGAGUGGCAGAAGUGUGACCUGCCGCACGCUCACAUCCUGCUGUGGGUCGUGCCCGCCGACAAGCCUCGCGCAGCCGGCAGCACACGCACGCGCACUGGACGCGUGCGUGUGCGCUGAGCUGCCCGAUCCGGAGACUGAUCCAGAGCUUCACGCGAUCGUCUGUGCCAAGAUGGUGCACGGUCCGUGCGGUGCGCCGAACCUGCAAUCUGUCUGCAUGAAGGACGGCCGAUGCAGCGUCGGAUAUCCGCGGCCGUACCUGGAGGCCACAGAGCUGCCAGAGCGCAGCUAUCCGAAGUACAGGCGGCGCGCGCCGGAAGACGGCGGUCGACGUGCGCAGACGCCCGGCCGGCGCGGUGUUGAGAUCGAUAACCGCUGGAUCGUCCCCUACAAUCCUCACAUCCUUCGCGCGCUGGACUCCCGCGUCAACGUCGAGGUAAUCACGCAAGCGAUGGGGGUGAUCCGCUAUUGCAUCAAGUAUGUCACCAAGGGGUUUGAUAGGAUCAUGUUUGCGGUUCAGCCAGACGGAGUCACGGAGUGA